ACGAUUUUUGCUGCUUGCAUGUGGAUUCUUCUGUGUGAAAAUAUUAUGGCCAAAGGAUCGUAGAAAAGGUCUCUUUGCGACCAUUGGAGAAGAUGGUGCUGUAUGUUCUGUAUGAACAUGCCACCGGCUAUGCAGUGUUCAAGAGCAUUGCAGCCGAGGACAUCGGUUCACAAACGGAUGAAGUCCAGCAGUCUAUGAUCGACUUGGGCAAAUUCGGAAAAACACUGAAGUUGCUGUCUUUCUCUCCAUUCAAGUCAGGCGCUAACGCUCUGGAGAAUGCUAACAGUGUGUCUGAAGGAAUCGUCACUGAUGAACUCCGUACACUUCUUGAGGCCAAUGUGCCACGUGGGAAGAAGUCAACCAAGGUCGUGCUUGGUGUUGGUGACCACAAGAUUGGCUCAGCCAUUCAGGAAGCUCUUCAGAUCUCCUGCCAGGCAGUUGGCGUAGUACCCGAGUUACUGCGUGGCAUCCGCCUGCACUUCCCAAAGUUGGUGUCUGGUCUUUCGUCAGUUGCCGCCGUCAAGGCUCAGCUUGGUCUCGGCCAUGCGUACUCCCGUGCCAAGGUUAAGUUCAAUGUACAUCGUGUUGACAACAUGAUCAUUCAGACGAUUGCCCUUGUUGAUCAGCUGGACAAGGACAUCAACACUUUCUCUAUGAGGAUAAGGGAAUGGUACUCCUAUCACUUCCCAGAAUUGGUGAAAAUCAUCACUGACAACUACAUGUAUGCACGUGUCGCCGGCUACAUCAAGUCUCGCAAAGACCUGUCAGAGGAGCGUCUUGAAGGUCUGGAAGAGAUCGUGAUGGACACAGCCAAGGUUAAGGCCAUCCACGAUGCUUCACGCUCAUCUAUGGGCAUGGAUAUCAGCCCCAUUGACUUGAUCAACAUUGAGCGCUUCGCAGUCCGUGUAACACGCUUGGCAGAGUACCGUAAGGAGUUGUUCGAGUAUCUGCACAAGAAGAUGGUCACAGUUGCUCCCAGUGUAGCAGCUCUCAUUGGUGACAUCGUUGGAGCUCGUCUGAUUUCCCAUGCUGGUUCUCUUACCAACCUGGCCAAGUACCCCGCGUCUACAGUUCAGAUUCUCGGUGCAGAGAAGGCCCUGUUCAGAGCACUGAAGACCAAGGGAAACACACCCAAGUACGGUCUGAUCUACCACUCGUCCUUCAUUGGCAAGGCUGGCGCCAAGAACAAGGGUCGCAUCUCACGUUACUUGGCCAACAAGUGCUCAAUCGCCGCCAGAAUAGACUGCUUCUCAGAUGUGCCCAGUGAAGUCUUCGGUGAGAAGCUGCGUGACCAGGUCGAAGAACGCCUAUCGUUCUAUGAAACCGGCCAGGCCCCACGUCGCAAUGUGGAUGUAAUGAAGGAAGCCAUGGAGGAGAUGACCCAGGCUGUAGGCACAGAAGCAGCCGAGACACCCAAGAAGACGCCCAAGAAGAACAAGAAGAAGAAGAGAAAGCAUUCCGAGACUGAGGAGGAACCUGUCGAGGAAGAACCUCAAGAGGAGGAGACGACGACUCCCAAGAAGAAGAAAAAGAAGAAGAAGAAGAAGACCGACGAGUAACCUCUGAUCUCUCGCCUCCGUGGUGUGUGCUGUGCCCUGUCAUGCCAUCUUGAUGUUCCAUGCCAAGUAUGACUGCCUGUUUUCAACCCAAUCAUUCUCCACUGUACGGUGUUGCUUCGUUCUGUUGCUCAUUGAUACUGUAUGGUAGCAACAA